AUGGGCAGCACCUGUGCCCAUUCUCGUUGCUGUGGCCUUUGUGAUGGGGAUGCAGCUGUGGAUGCCCCAACAGAUGUGGGCAGGCCUAACCAGGCCUCCAGUCCCCGGAUCUUGCGCUUGGCGAUCUUACAGCACGGUGAGCGAGCAGAUCAGGCCAACCCAAAGAUGUGGUUUGAAUCGAUGCUGGGUCGAAGAUAUCCCUUUGACCCUCCCUUGACUCUGACGGGUGCCAAACAAGCGAAGUCUGUGGCUAAGGAGCUCUUUGCCAAGUACGGCGAUUUUUCCGUGGUGGUCUCAUCACCCUUCAUCAGGUGCAUCGAAACUGCGGUGGAGAUUUGCCGUGUUUUCAAUUGUGGCUUAUGCAUCGAUCGACAACUCGGUGAGGUCUUCUCCCCUGCCUACUUCGGCCCUUGGGACUUGCCGGGUCCCAAAAUGCGCAGCCCUGAAGAGAUUUGCGCAUACGUGCCCAACGAUGUGAGGAUUGUUGGGGUGGGCGAUGACGAAGGGUCCAAGAGCAACGCGGAAGGCUUCAUAGGCACCACCCCCCAGUGGCCGGAGAAGAAUGGCAAACUGCGGCUGGCGAUCCGCGUGGAACAGCUGUCUGAGAAGGCAGGAAAGUUGGGCGGUGCCAAUUUGGUCUUGGUGACGCAUGGUGAUUGCGUGGCAGGAUGUUUGGCCCUCGCCAGCACCAAGGCCGAGCUGACAGCCCCGGUGGUGUCCAAGGGGCCGUAUUGUGGCUUUGUGGUUCUGGAACGCCCAUUCCAAGCAGAUGAGCCGCCCAAGAGCCUGUUGGAUCCCGCUGCUGGUUGGAAUGUAUACAACGGCCACAACGAGGUGCUCUACCGAAACUCGCAGCAACUUUCCACCUGGAGCCCGGUGACGGAGAAGAAGGCAGCGCAACUGCAGAGCUUGGCCAAAGACUUGGCAAAGCGAAACCAGACACAGGCGGUCGAAAUAGAGGAGGAGACCACAGAGAGCCCGCGACGGCGACAAAAGCGGCAAACCACCUUGAUAUUGGAAAACGAGUUGACCUUACGGAGAGCGAAAAAACUUCUGGAGUCGCAGCAGGAGGUCGGACUUCGCCUUCAAGAGCUGCUCCCUGACUUACCACCAGAGCGUUGUAUCUCAGGGGAUAGCAUCAAGGAAUUGGCCGAGUAUGCGCGGUCCGAGAGCUUUGAUGUUUGA